UGAUGAGGUCACUUUACCCUUAAUAUAUAUAUUGCUUUAUUGUGAAAAAUAAAUAAAUAAAAUCUCAUCACUCCUCAGUCACCAAGUACCUCUUUUUUAUUCAAUUCCAAAGGUGAUGACAGUCUGUUAUGGCCUUUUCUAUAUCUGAUGAUUCCUGAAACUCUUUUAUCAGCAGCUUUUUGCUUCUGUUUCUUCUAUAUCUGCCUUUGCUUUGCUUCCCUAGGUUACUUAGUUUAGUGCUCAGUGUUUAAAGGAUUGGGGGUUUUUCUUUUUUGUGCGUGAAAAAUGAGUGGAGCUGUGCUUGUAGCUGUUGCAGCAGCUAUUGGUAACUUAUUGCAAGGAUGGGAUAAUGCCACCAUUGCAGGUGCUGUUCUAUACAUAAAGAGAGAGUUUAGUUUGGAAAGCGAACCAACUAUAGAAGGCCUGAUUGUAGCCAUGUCUCUUAUUGGAGCCACCUGCAUUACUACCUGCUCGGGAGGCAUAUCGGACUGGCUAGGCCGCCGUCCAAUGCUAAUUAUCUCGUCUGUUCUUUAUUGUGUUAGUGGUCUUGUAAUGUUAUGGUCUCCUAAUGUUUAUAUCUUACUUUUGGCAAGACUUUUGGAUGGUUUUGGGGUUGGUUUGGCAGUAACUCUGGUCCCAGUUUACAUAUCCGAAACUGCACCACCCGAAAUAAGGGGGUUGCUAAAUACCCUUCCGCAGUUUACUGGUUCCAUCGGAAUGUUUUUGUCAUAUUGCAUGGUUUUUGGAAUGUCAUUAUCGGAAUUACCGAAUUGGAGAUUGAUGCUUGGAGUUCUUUCUAUUCCAUCUCUUAUAUAUUUUAUAUUAACCAUUUUCUUCUUGCCUGAGUCUCCAAGAUGGCUUGUAAGUAAAGGACGAAUGAUUGAGGCAAAAAAAGUUUUGCAGAGACUACGUGGCAGGGAAGAUGUUGCUGGUGAGAUGGCAUUGUUAGUGGAGGGACUUGGUGUUGGAGGUGAAACAUCGAUAGAGGAGUAUAUAAUUGGCCCGGCCAAUGAGGACAUAGAAGACCAAGAUAUAUCAGAUGAUAAGGAUCAAAUCAAGUUAUAUGGACCUGAAGAAGGUCUUUCCUGGGUGGCCAGACCUGUCACAGGACAGAGUACUCUUGGUAUCGUGUCACGGCAUGGAAGCAUGGCUAGUCAGAGCGCUCUUGGUCUUGUUGAUCCUCUUGUCACCCUCUUUGGAAGUGUCCAUGAGAAGGUUCCAGAAACGGGAAGUAUGCGUAGCGCACUUUUUCCGCACUUUGGUAGCAUGUUCAGCGUGGGAGGUAAUCAAGCUAGAAAUGAAGAGUGGGAUGACGAUAUUGUUCCCAGAGAGGGCGAGGACUACCCAUCUGAUGGUGGUGGUGGUGAUUCUGAUGACAAUUUACAUAGUCCUUUGAUCUCACGACAAACAACCAGUUUGGAUAAGGACAUAGUUCCAACUAACCACGGAAGCCUUACGAGCUUAAGACACGGUAGUCUAAUGCAAUCAACUACCGGAGAACAAGUUGGUAGCAUGGGUAUUGGUGGAGGUUGGCAGAUUGCAUGGCAAUUGUCUGAAAAAGUAGGCCCAGAUGGAAAAAAGGAAGGGGGCUUUAAAAGAAUUUAUUUGCACCAAGAGGGUGUACCCGGCUCGAGGCGUGGAUCACUGGUUUCUCUUCCUGGUAAUGAUGCCCCUGUAGACAGUGAGUAUGUCCAGGCUGCUGCCUUGGUGAGUCAGCCAGCCCUCUAUGCCAGUGAGCUUAUGAAACAGCAUCCGGUUGGACCGGCUAUGAUUCAUCCAGCUGAAACUCCAAAGGGACCAAGUUGGAAAGAUAUCUUUGAACCAGGAGUCAAGCAUGCUUUAGUAGUAGGGAUCGGAAUUCAAAUACUUCAGCAGUUUUCUGGUAUAAAUGGAGUUCUAUACUACACUCCACAAAUUCUCGAGCAGGCGGGAGUUGGAGUUCUUCUUUCAAACUUGGGGAUUAGUUCAUCUUCUGCCUCAUUGCUUAUCAGUGGUAUUACAACCUUGCUGAUGCUUCCAAGUAUAGCGGUUGCUAUGCGGCUUAUGGAUAUUGCCGGUAGAAGGAGUUUGCUACUCUCCACACUCCCGGUCCUGAUAAUAUCCCUUCUCGUCUUAGUCAUCGGAAGUGUGGUAAAAAUGGGGAAUGUUGUGCAUGCAGCGAUCUCAACCGUUAGUGUUGUUCUCUACUUCUGUUUCUUCGUCAUGGGAUUCGGGCCAAUCCCAAACAUACUCUGUGCUGAGAUCUUCCCGACACGGGUUCGUGGCAUAUGCAUUGCUAUGUGCGCCCUUACAUUCUGGAUUUGCGACAUCAUCGUCACGUAUUCACUCCCAGUGCUGCUCAAAUCAGUCGGUUUAGCCGGUGUUUUCGGGAUGUACGCGGUCGUGUGUGUUAUAUCGUGGGUGUUUGUGUUCUUAAAAGUACCCGAAACCAAAGGCAUGCCUCUCGAAGUCAUUACGGAGUUCUUUUCUGUUGGUGCGAAGCAAGUUGCAGCUGCCAAGAACAACUGAGUUUGGUUACAUGUAUUUGAUGGAUAGUUUGAAAGUUUUGACGGCUGUUCAAAUUUAUCUUUUUUUUUCCUUAUCAUUUUAUUGUCAAUUAGGCAGUUCGAUUUGUGUAGAAAGAUUAAAAAAAGAACAAAAAAACAAACAUGAUUUUCUAUUUGUUACAGUUUUCUAAAUGACAUUUAAAGUUUUCUUCAAA